AUGACAAGCAAUAAUACUAGUACUAUGAAUCCCGUGUUUAGAAAUGAAAAAGAGAGUGAAAUGAAUGAAAGGAGGCGUAAAAAUUAUGGAACAUGUGAGCAUUGCAAUGGUCCGAAUACUGCGCACGCAUG